AAAAAAAAAAUGGAGUGAAGUUGAGUGAAAUGGAGUAAAGAUAUCAUCUAUCCAAAAAAAUAUAAAUUUGCAGAGAAGUUAUCAAACCCGCAGUGACGGUGUGAGUUUGGGAGAAAUGCAUCAAGCCUCGCAUGACUUGAUCCGCCAGGUCCAGAUCUGUACCCGGUCGGCGGCGGGCCUCUCCGACUACAAUCCGUCCGACCCGACCCUCCCCGUAUUGCCACCUCUCUCCGCCGCAAUAGCGGCCUCCGCCUCAUCUCCGCCGCAGCUCCUCCGCUGCAAGAACUGUAAAGGAGGUCUCCUCCGAGGAUCGGACUCAAUCAUCUGCGUGUACUGCGGCCUUCCCCCCAAAUUCGACGUCGUCCCGGAUCCCAUCACCUUCACUUCCACCGUUGCGUCUCGGUGGUUGCUCCGCUCCCUCCGUCUCGAUGGAUCGGAAAUGGUGGAUCCGAAUCACAAAAGUGAGCAAAACCAAGGCUACAACUCUCCCAAAUCUCUAAUCCCCUUGUCCGAAUUCUUAAAUUUUAAGAUAUCAUGGCCAGCCGAGACAGAGAAGCAGCAAGAAACUGUUUUUCAGGAGAAGAAUUCAGAACAAAGUGAAGGAUCCUCGAGGUUAACUGGCGUGCCUCCAGAUAAGUUCUUUCUGAAUUCAAAGAGAAAUAUCGUCUCUGAUGUGUCUGCUGAGCAGCCAUUUGCACAUAACCAUAUUGGAACUUCUGAUGAUGGGAAAAACGUUGCGGCUUUUGGCCAUCGAAACUUAUUUCAAGAUGUUAAGUCAUCUGAAGCUUUUUCUGGGUGGGAGGCAGAUUUCCAAUCUGCCGAUUCUGAAAAACAACCUGAAGUUCGGGACGUCUCGGUUGACUCCAAAAAUAAUGUCAAAGAUCCUAAAUCCUUUGACUUGUCAACAGGUUUAGGGGUUAAUCUUGCUUCUCACAUUGACUCUGUUUUCGGGCCUAAAGAUCCGAACGAUGGAAAACGUGAAGAAAAUCGGGCAGUUUCUCCAGCUUUUGAUGACUGGAAUUCGGAUGAUGUGUGGAAUAAUCUUAGCUCUAGUACAUCUCACUUUUCUGGUGGUGUUGAUCCGCCUGUAAAAAUUACAAACGAGCUCGAGAUUGAUCACAGCUUUGAUUUAUUUCAAGAUUUCCAAUCACAAACCAACAAUGCGGAUAAGACUGAGGAUAAUAAGAUUACGAGUGAUGAACAUAAGAUAAUGGAUGAGAAUCUGUUUGGCGAGUGGAAUGAUUUUACGGGCGGAGUUGAUUAUCAGGCUUCCACAGCUGGCCCGAAGUCUUCAGAGAUGGACAUAUUUAGCUUCGAUGAUAGGUCUGCAAAGUCCAAUUUUGGUAGCUUUUCUCAACCGAAUCUCUUUUCUACCUCAACCAGCAAUAACAAUACCCUUACUGAAGUCAAAGCUCUUACAUCAGAGACUCCUACAUCGGACUGGUUAUUCGAUUCUAGCAGCCCUUCUCAUGAAUCUGGACAAGUAACAAACGGAAAAUCUGCUGAGGAUGAUGUGAAGAUGCUGAUUUCCCAAAUGCAUGAUCUGUCUUUUAUGCUAGAUUCUAAUCUCUCUAUCCCUUCAGGUCCAGAUGCUGCUCCUAAUUCCUGAUAAUCAAAUUGAGAUGCUGUAAUUCUNUUUCUACUGUUGUGCUU